AUGUCGAGCACAGCAUCAAGCAGUGCACCUUCUUCUGAUGGCGUCAUUCGCUCCCGAGUAACUGAGGCUUUGCAGAUCUCAGGGUACCACUUUACCAAUGCGACACACGUUCCAACCACCGAUCAUUACGAUAACAUCACUCUUGUUAAUGGCUAUCGCGUAUCGGAUAAGCGAGCAGUGGUUGCCAAGGUAUCCAACAACAGCCUGCAAAUUGAGCGCGAGUAUUACAUCAUAAGGCAACUCUAUCAAACAGCUGAUGGUCCUUCAUAUCUUGUGCGUCCCUUGGAGUAUGCUUACUUGUCGUCAAGCGGACUUGCCGUUGCCAUUUAUGCCGACACUCAUAGCGACCGAUCAUCCAGCAAUCGCACUAUUGACGACAUUGGCACCUUCCUACGAUUAGCAAUACGGUGCACAGACAUUAUGGAAUUCAUUCAUCGCCACAACACUAUUCAUGGUCAACUUAAUAUGGGAGCUUUUUGUUGGAACAGCAAUGACAUGGAUACUACGCGCUUAUGGAACUUUGCAGCUGGCAGCAACGCGUCUUUUGAAAAGUAUCUCACAAGCGAAGGGUGGAAAAAGUACCAACACAGCCAAGCCAUUAUGGAGAAUCGACUCAUGUAUAUCAGCCCUGAACAAACAGGCCGCACUACCUACAUCGCUGAUCAUCGUUCCGAUAUCUAUUCCUUGGGCGUCAUAUUCUUCGUAUUGCUGACGGGCCAAAUGCCUUUUGAUGGAGGACCUUUGAAGAUUGUCAACAGCAUUUUGAGUCGUAAAAUGCCGGCAGUGCAUGAUGUCCAAUUGAAUGUCCCUGAAGUGAUAUCGCGGAUCAUUGAAAAGAUGACAUGCAAGACCCCAGAGGAGCGAUACAUGAGUAUGCACGGUGUCAAAUGCGAUCUGGAAGCGUGUCUUCAGCGACUAAAGUCAAGUAAUGCUGGGACCAUCGACUUGUUUCCACUGGCACAACGUGACAUCGCGUCUGUGUUUAUGAUACCACGUAAUGUCUAUGGUCGUCAAGCUAUCAUUUCGGAGAUGGUGUAUAUCGUUGAGCGAUUCGUGAACCAAUACAAGCCUUUGAAGAUCCGCAGCAGCAAGCAAGGUGCAGCAUCCAGCAACAGUGACCCUGAUUCUUCAGAACAAAAGUCAGCAUCAAGCCCCACUUCGUUAGCUGAGCAUGAUAGCAGCGACAUUUCCAGUGUCAGCAGUCGGCUCGUAUCAGUCAAUGGGAAGCAAGCAGCUACUGUAGUUGGAAUUUAUGGACCUGGAGGCAUUGGAAAAUCGACAUUGUUCAACUCUGUACAGCCUUUGGCAAGAAAGAGUGGCUAUAUCACAUCUACCAAGUUUGAUUCAAGGAACAAGGUCCCAUACAGUGGUUUGCUGCGUUUGAUGUCGCAAGCGCUACAGCAAAUCUUAUCCGAGACCGAGGAAGAAGUUCAUCGAUUUUUCAAUCAUCUGAAAGCAUGGCUUGGUGCUCAGUUCCCCAGCAUUUCAAUACUGGCGGAUUUGGUAUCAGAGCUCAAGUCAUUGUUGGCUGCUGUUGGACAUGAGGAUGGAUGUACAAAUACCGAGGUAUCGAUGAAGGCGGAUAAUGCCGAGGCUCGUUUACGUUUCCACAAUCUCUAUGUUGAAGUCUUUCGUGCCAUAUCUCAUUGGCGUAUGGUGACUAUUUUUAUUGAUGAUGUCCACCAAGCCGAUGACCCUUCAAUCGACUUAUUGCAAGCGUUGCUUUUAUCAAGAAUCAACAUCCUCGUAUUUAUGUCAUAUCGUGAUCAGGAGCUGAAUCAAAAGCAAUCUGGCAUAUUGGAGAAUGAAUUUGCCAACAUCCAAUUUAUCGAGGUCGGCACAUUGAAGCUUGACGCAUUGACCGAUUUCGUUUGUGACACACUACAUCGAUCACGAGACACCGACCGCGACUAUGUCACUCCACUUGCAUUGGUAAUUCACCGAAAGACCAACGGCAAUGCAUUCUUCACGGCACAAUUGCUGCAGAUGUUGGAGCGUAAAAAGAUCAUUUACUUCAACUGGGAAUUCAAUGUUUGGGAAUACGACCUUGCAAGUAUUGAACAAGGGACCUUUUUAAAGACAAUGGAGGAGGAUGUUUCAUUCAUGGUGAAUCGGCUGAAAGAACUACCACGUCAUGGUCAGCGAUUGCUCAAGAUGGCAUCAUUUAUCGGUGACACUUUCUCAUGGUCAACAGUGAAGGCGUUAAUGGAGGACACGUUUUCUGAAGAUGGGAGUGACGUUGAUAGCGACGAUGGCGAUGAGAGGAGUUUAUUGUCAGCCGAAUCAACGACCAGCACAACCGUAUUCAGCAGGAAGAGCAAGUCAAGUGAAGGCACCUUGUUAUCUCCUGAUACUAGAGCCCAACAAAAGAGCUAUGAUCCAAUCAGCGGACUACAUGCCGUGAUCCAGGAAGGAUACGUUAUGCCACUUGGUGCAGAUGAAUUCAAAUGGAGCCAUGAUCGUAUCACACAAGCUGCUGGUGAACUUGUGAAGCCUAAUGUGAGGUGCAAGAUCCAUUUCAAGAUUGCCCAGCACAUGAUGAAAGAGGAAGACAUGGAUGUAUUUCUGGUUGCCGACCAUCUUUUGAAAUGCCUUGACCUAUUAUCAUCUUUGGAAGACAAAUCAUCCUUUCGUGAGCUCUUGAUUGAUGCAGGCGAUAAAGGACGGCAAUCUGGUGCACAUGGCAUGGCGCUCAGCUAUUACAAGGCAGCAAUCCAACUCAGUGAUCCGGAAAAGGAAUGGGAUGAUGACAAUUAUCCUGUUACUUUACAGCUCUAUACGAAUAUGAUGGGACUUAGUUUUCUGUUGGGCGACAAUGAGGUGACUGAGAAGGCGACCGAGGUCAUUUCCAAGCAUGCCAAAACGCCAUUGGAUCGUAAAGCUAUGUACUUCAUCAAGUCACGCUAUUACCUAUCGCAGCAAAAGCCGUUUGAAGGGCGGGAUGUGCUACUUACUUGCUUGGAGGAUCUUGGCAAUGAGAAACUUUCAUUUGAGAAUGCCGAGAAGACACUACAGGAAGAACUUGAUCAGCUGGAGAAAGCGAUUGAGGAUAUGGAACUUGAUGAGAUCGCUGAUAUCGGAUUCUCGGAUGAUCCUUACGUCCAGGCAACUGCUGAGAUCAUGGGGGAAUUAUCACAAUUGUUGUAUUGGACUGGUCAAAAGCAAGCACUAAGUGCGUGCGCAUGUCACGUAUUGAAUAUGUGUCUACAACGGGGAAUGGCUCCAGCUGCUAGCACUGCUUGUGGAUUUUUGGCGGCGAUCGGCUACAUUGAGUUGUACAACAAUCAUGCAGCGGCACAUAAAAUGGCAAAACUAGGCACCAUCAUUGCUGAUCGAUAUGGCGGGAAUUUGGAGAAAGCUCAAGCCUACAUCAUGUAUGUUAUAUUUGUGGAUAACUUUGAACGUCAUCAACGCUAUGGAUUGCCUAUGCUCGGAGCUGCAACACAGCGUGCCUUUGCAUCAGGAGAUCGUCAUUUUACGAAUUACGGCAAACUUCACAUAAGCAUGAGUCGUUUUGCUGUGACUCAUCAUUUGAGUGAUGCACUGCCUAUCGCCGAGGAAUCUUAUGAAGAAGUGCACAAAUGGUCCGCUGCUGCUGAAGUAAACGCAAUGUUUAUCACCGUUGUGAGAGCAAUCAAAGCGUUACAAGGACGAACGUACUGGGAUACGGAUAACGUGUACGAUGGUGACGAUGGAUUCAAUGACGAGCAUUUCCUCACUGAGAGCUUCAAGCAAAACCCGAAUUCUGUUGUCGCUUGUAACUGGUAUCAAUCCUACAAGAUGAUCCCUUUGGCGUUAUAUGAGCGAUACGAGGUAGCCGUUGAAAUUGGAGAUUACUGUUUCCGCACCAUGGGGUAUGUGCCGUGCGUGAGAUACACACGGGUGACACUCUUUUACUAUUCCAUCGCUCUACUUGGGCAUGCACGCAAGAUCAAGGGCGAAGAGGUGGAUAAAUGUCUCAAGCAAGUAGCUCAAAAUCAAGAUCGCCUGUAUGAAUGGGUGGAGUUGAGCCGUGUCAAUUACAUCACUUUAUGGACAUUGGUGGAAGCAGAGUUGGCGGGUCUCCAAGGCGACAAUGUUAUGAAAGCCAUAUUAUUGUAUGAAGAAGCCAUUAAUCAUGCUCGCGAGGGAGAGUGGUACUUGGAGCUUAGUAUUGCACAUGAAUUGGCUGGAGGAUUCUAUUACCGCCAAGGGGUUCACAAUGUUGCAUACAACAUGGUCAAGAAGGCAGUGGAUCUUUAUACGGCAUAUGGCGCAUUCGGCAAGUCGCGGCAUCUUAAUGCAAAAUACGCUGACUUACUCAGCUCAUUCAAUGAUGAUCGAGCCGAUACAUGUGAUAAGAGUGCACAAACGGAUCCAUUCCCAUUAUUGGCAGCUCCCCGCCACCAACCUCCGCAAGAAUCAUGGAGCAACUCUUCACAUGACCCUGCCGAUAACAGCCCAAUAGCCGAUGAACCUUAUAGUUCGGAAUCGAUACCACCUAUCACAACAGAGCAAACAUUGGUGACAUUGGAUAUUAUCGAUAUGGCAUCCAUCCUCAAAAGUUCCCAUGUGCUUUCAUCCGAAGUCAAGUUUGACGCGUUGCUCAACAACAUGAUGCAGAUUAUUCUUGAGAACUCCGGUGCUGAUCGAGGUGCUAUCAUUGUCAAGGAAAACAAGUUUGGAAUCGGUGCUUAUGGGAACCCUCAAGAAGAGGAGACGAUUGUCACAUAUGAAGAACCAGAACGUAUUUCGAAGAACAGCGUCAUGGUAUCGAGCCAAAUCAUCAAUCACACAAUCCACACCUCUGAGAGUAUUUUUAUUCCUGAUGUUGAGCAAGAUGCACGAUUUGCAGUGGGACCAUGGUUUGAACGUGCUGGCAAGAAAUCAGUAAUCUGCAUGCCGAUCAUACACAAGAUGACGACUGUUGGUUGCAUCUUUCUUGAAGGUGCUAUUGGGAUCUUUACACAACGUCACAUCACCGUGCUUGGAUUACUAUGUCAGCAAAUGGGUAUUUCAUUGACCAAUGCUUCAUUGUUUAAAUCCGUGCGACGUGUAACAAUGGCCAACAUGAAGAUGAUCGAGAUGCAAAAGCAAGCAUUGGAGGAAGCACGACGCAGUAAGGAAGCAGCUGAUAAGGCGACUCGAUUGCGAGAGAUCUUUUUGGCCAACAUGAGCCAUGAGAUUCGAACACCGUUUUCGGGAUUCUAUGGCAUGAUCACAUUGCUGUCAGAGACAAAGUUGGAUCCUGCACAAUACGACUUGGUGCGAACGGCUAAAUCAUCAUGUGAAGGAUUAUUGCAGAUCAUUGACGACCUACUCAACUUUUCAAAGCUACAAGCCGGCAAAGUGUCUCUUGAUUUGGCACCAGUACACGUGGAAGAGCUCAUUGCCGAUGUGAUUGAUAUGCUGAUCGCCAUUGCUAUUCAAAAACGCAUCAAUGUCACGUACACAGUUGCAGAGGAUGUGCCAGCGGUUGUAAUGGCUGAUGCCAACCGGCUCAGACAGGUUAUCAUCAAUCUACUCGGGAAUGCUGUCAAGUUUACGCACCAUGGCGAAAUCAGUAUUCGAUGUUCCAUUGACGGUCGCAAAAAGAAGGCUGUAAACAAGGAAUCGCAUAUCUCGUUGCUAUUUGAAGUGAUCGAUACAGGCAUUGGGAUCAGCGAGGAGCAGCGUAAGGUGUUGUUUAUGCCAUUCUCACAAGUGGAUGGUAGCACCACCCGCAAGUAUGGUGGUACCGGUCUUGGGCUUUCCAUUUCCCUUCAAUUGGUCACUUUGAUGAAUGGGGAUAUCGAUGUUGUGAGCGAGGAAGGAAAAGGAUCCAAUUUCCGCUUUUCAAUCGAAGUUUCACCGGUGCAUGAUCAAUCUCGAAGAUUCACUGAAGCAAUGCAAGCAAUAUCCAAGAGUUUUAUCAAAACACGAAUCCUUGUUGCCGAUACACAUCAUGCGACAGUGGAUAUGAUGACCAACUUCCUUCCGAAUUUACCACUUGAUGGAGUAUCUGAUUAUGCAGAGUUGCAGCAGGAGACACCUUAUGGAGUCGUCAUUGUGGGAUUGCUUUUGGAUCACAAAGAAGGAACGCUAAGCUGCUGGGAAAAGGAACUUCAAAAGGUCAUGAAGCGUGCCAAGGUUACGGUUAUCAUGCAUUAUCCCUUGGGAAGCAGCAAUGUUCAAGGCAACAUCGGAGGUGUUGGACCUAUUCUCGAAGCAGCAUCAUCGUCAAUGGAGCAAGAACAGCAACGUCAGCAACAACAACAGCCAUUCCACAUAUCAUCAUAUGGCUAUCUUGACGAGCAACAAAACAUUGUGCGUAUGGGAGUUCCAUUGCGACGCAACAAGCUUUUGAAGAUGCUGGCAGGAUUUCUCAAGGAGGAUGAGCCAGGAACACCAGCACCCAAGACGCGGCCAAACAUCUUUGCACGUAUCAGCAGCAGUGAGAUCAAGCUUGCGAUUGAGACAAUACCAGAGGAACAUCGUAAAGCAUUCAAAAAGACAAACAUCUUGGUUGCAGAAGAUAACCCUGUUGCACAAAAGCUACUAUGCAAGCAAUUGAAGCGAUAUGGCUUUAAUAUCACGUGUGCCAACAAUGGAGCUGAAGCGAUUGCUGCAUGGACCAAACGACCGGUUGGAUACUUUAAGAUGGCUCUGUUUGAUCAUCACAUGCCCAAAUGCGAUGGCGUGGAAGCGACCAAGACCAUUAGGAGAAGUGAAAAGGAGCAAAACAGCAAGACGCGAUUACCGAUUGUGGCACUCACAGCAGACAUACAAGAUAGUGCAAGAGCAAUUUGCGUGAAUGCUGGCAUGGAUGGGUACCUGACCAAGCCUUUAAACGAGUUUGCUCUGCUUGAAUUUGUUAAACAAUAUUGUAUCGACCAAUAA